AUGAAACUUUCAAUAUUUUUAAUUCUUUAUUUAUUUUUAACGCCAAAUCUUGUUGAUUCAACUAAUAGCGAUGAUGAAAAUGAACAAACUUAUUUUAAUCGUUUUCAAUAUCGAGAUGGUGAAACAAGCGGGACAGGAAAUAGUGGCCAUGGAGGAACUGGAACUGGAAGCAUACCUUCAAGUACUGGAGGAUACUCUCAAGGAAUGUAUUCUGGCACAGAACAUUCUCAAAAUUGGUUGGCUUUGAAUCGAGGUUUUGGCAAUAAUCCAUUUUUAAACUCACCUCAACAUCUACAAGGGAAUCCGUCUGGUCAUGUACCUCAAAAUUGGUUGCAGUUAGGAUAUGGCAAUUAUCCAUAUCAACAUCACCAUAUUAAACCUUCUGGUCAAGAACCUUCUCAAAAUUUGUUAAAUUUGGAUUUAACUCUUGGCAUUAAUCAGUCUUUAUACCCAACUCAACAUCAACAUACGGGUGCAAUAUACCCUCAAGGAACGAAUCCUUCUGGUCAAGAAUCUUCUCAAAAUUGGUUAAAUUUGGGUUUAAAUCCUGAAAUGAAUUCUUCUGGUCAAAAAGAUGACAACCCCUUUAUUGUUAAAACGAAAAGAGGAUGGACUUUAAAUUAUGGUGGUUAUAAUUAUAACUAUUAUAGUCAGAGUGAUAAAAUGAAGACUAUCACUUGGGUGUGCAAUAAAAACCGUAGUUCUGAAUGUAAAGGAAAAGUUGUUACAAAAGGAAUUAAAUUUGAAAUAUUGAAAGAAUUAACAAAUGAUGAAUUAAACGAUUUGAAGAUUGGCAUUGAAUUUAAAUCUAAGCACACUUGUGUAAAAAAAGGAAAAAUUAUAAAUGGUAAUGUUUUAUAA